AUGGAGAAGAUCCAGAGCAGCUCCAAAAGGCUGCACAAAUGGACAGAGAAGCGCACCAAGGAAAUAUGGGACAACCUAGGGAAGAACCACCUCUGGCAGAGGAUGCUCAAAAAUACACUGGCAACGACAAUUGCUGUUAUACUUGCGCUUAUUCCAGCGGUUGUGGGUGUCUAUGGCAAAGCAGCAUAUUUAGCUCCCAUCACCACUGUGUUUGGGCAUCCAGGUAGGAGAUUUGGGACGAUGGCCGAAGCGCUUGUCCUAGUUCUCGCUGGAGCUCUCAUUGGGAUAGGAUGGUCCAUGCUCGGAAUCUACUUGUCAAGUCUCGUAUAUGAGGAGAAUGCGCCGGCUGCGUAUACCAUCCGUGGGAUAUUUCUCGCGAUCGCUCUACUCCUCCACGGCUUCCUUCGCUCACACACUCCAAGGCUAUUCUUAUUCGUGCUCCUGUUGGUCAUUGUUUGUGUUGUUAGCUUGACUAGCACAGCUGUUGCUGUGACCGCGUCUUUGGCAACUCAAAUAUUAUAUCCUAUCCUAACAGCUGCUGGAAUUUUGAUUAUUAUCAAUCUUUUGGUCUUGCCUGAGUUUUCAAGCAGUUUUCUUGGAACUACUACCAUUGAAGCGCUCGGAGAGACUGUGGAUACCCUUAGAGAUGCCGGGAAAUAUUUCGUAAGUAUUGUUGAAGAGCCUCAGAAGGGCAAUAAGGAACCUGCAUUGGAACCUGGCCGUGAAAGCCAGGAUACUUCCGCCACAUCCAUUGCACAAGGCGGGCAAAAGGCCGAAGCAGACUCCAAACCGUCCUUGUUGCAUAAGGCUAUACAUUUAUUUUUGAAGCGGAAGAAGCCCACCCAACCAACAGAUACAGCUCCAAAAAUAGUCCGCCUUGAAACAUUAACAGGAAGGAAAGCAAAACUGCGGGCACAACUUGGAAUCUGCAAGGCGGCUCAGAUGGAGUGCAAUUUUGAGCUUGCCUGGGGAGUCUUGCCGCCUAGAGACAUGAAGCCCAUCAGCCAGACUGCUAUGAAAAAGCUUGUGGAAAAUACCAUUUCCCUAAUCGGAGCCUGUGAGAGCAAGUAUGCCUUACUUGGUGACCCGAACGAGGAGACCGCAUCCGAGAAGAACAGCCCCAAGUUGGGCGCCGAUGAGGCAGGAGUAGAUACUGGGAGUGGCGAAGAGACUUCCCGCCCUGGUACAGCAGUCUCGCAGUCAGAUGAUGGUUCUGGAGACUAUAAAACUACCAAUGGCAAGACGAAGGACAAAAAAAGGACUAAGCGCCGAAAAAAGACAACAAGCAAGAGCAAGAAUCAACUGGGGAAGGAACGGGAGGACCUGGAGCUCGUUAAGCCAACAAAGGAGAUCGAGUCGGGCGAUGUAGAGCUACUCAAAUACCUCGUCACUCCCAUUGCAAAACCACUCGCUGAUCUUCAAGAGAAAAUUGAUAGGAGUGUUGACGUGGUCACUUCCUGUCUGGCUCAUUGCUAUGGCGUACGCAAACUGCCGUCUGGGGCUCGCCCGCCGGCUGGCAUCCAAUUACAAGAAAUCGAUGUUUGGAUUGAUGUUUUGCUUGGAGCAUUGACCGAAUUCGAUAAAAAUUCAGCAGUUGCUCUCGAGGGAGCAGCAGCUGUACAUGACCUCGAUCAACCUACGGUUGACGUCAUGCCGCGCAUGGAGAUCUUUCUGAUUUCAUCCUUUAUUCUAAACCUUCGGCAAGCUGCUCUUCACACUUUGGAUAUGCUUCGACAUUCUCGAGUCAUUGUGGAGAAGUGGCAAGCUCGGCAUGGUCGAUCACGAUUCUACCCACCAAAGAUAAAAUGGAGAAAAUGGCUGUUUUCUGGUGGAGAAGUAGAGCUGGGUGCCUUUUCAGAGGGUGUGAGACCCGAUGCUCGAACAGGCAAAAAGCGGAAUGUCUCAAAUCAGGAUGAUUCCCCUACGCCAAUUAAUGAAUCUCCCUCGAACAAGAAAGAUGCUAAACUACAUCCAACAAUGACAACCCAUUCACAACGCCAUCGGGGUGCGAUGAAGAGCAAUUGGGAACCAAAGCCAAAGGUCGAAGACCCACCGAGAAAAGAUCCUCUAACUCUCCGUUUACGCAAAAAGCUUGCGGACUUAAUCGAGUAUACGGUUGAUAGUGAUGAUGUGCUUUACGCCAUCAAAUUUACCGCUGCCGUCUUUUUAGUAACAUGGCCUGCCUUCCUAUCUCAGUGGAACACCUGGUAUUCUCUGAAUCGCGGCCUUUGGGCUGCAUUGCAACUCGUGUUGGUUACUGAAGUUGCCAUUGGUACCUCGCUUGUCACAUUCUCGCUGCGAGCGGUUGGAACAACUGUUGGGUGUGUGUGGGGAUUCAUUGCAUACCAAACUCAUAACGGAAACCGGGUGGUUUGUGUCGUGAUGCUCGUUAUUGGUAUCGUUCCAUCUACAUACAUACAAUUGGGUAGCAAGUACUUCAAGGCUGGCAUGGUGUCGGUCGUCUCGAUGUGCGUUGUUGCUUUGGCAACAGAGGAUAUUACAGUCCCAGGGACAGCGACAGAUAAUUUCCUGAAACGGAUGAUCGCCUUCCUCAUUGGUGGUACCAUGGCUUUGGUAAUCCAAUUUGCGAUCUUUCCAGUGAGAGCGAGAGAUAAAAUGAUAGAAUCCUUGACAUCAUCUAUCUCUAAGAUUAUGGAGAUGGAGGCUUGCCUUGCAUAUGGCAUUGAGCUUGAUAUGAAUCUUGAUGCUCGCUCUGAUAGUAUCGCUGAGCGAUUCCGCCGUGCUAAGGGAAAGGCACAAGGUGCUCUGACUGCAGUAGAAAUUUUCCUUCCGUUUUGCGUCAAUGAGCCCCGUUUGAAAGGAUCUUUUGCGGGUAUUGAACCCAUUUACGCUGAGAUGCUGUACGUCCUCCGCGCUAUUGUGGACAGAAUGGACAACAUGAUGUCACUUCGCCACGAGUAUGGCUCGGGGGUACUCGAAGAACUCAACCCCAAAGUGCACGCCUAUCGGCGCAACGUCGCUGGCAGUAUUACGGUGAUCCUCUUCUCAGUACGAGAAGCCCUCACCACGAAACUCCCUUUACCUCAAUUCCUACCCUCCGCCCGCCUGGCGCAUCUACGAAUGAUAAACCGUGUCCGGGAAGUUGUUCUAGACAGAAGAACUUUCGAAUUUCCUCAGGGGCAUAGCGGGCCGCACUCAGAAAUAGAAAGCAUGAUGCUCAAAAAUGUGCUACGGCAGAACUUCCUAUCAUGGAAUGCAUUUUCCGCGGGACAAAUUGAAGUCAUCGAAUUUUUGGAAGAGCUCAUUGAGUUGGCGAAGUUGCUUGUCGGGGCGAAUGAAUUUCGGAGUGGAAUGCUGACAAGGCCUACAUAUCGGGAUUACACGGAUCAUAUUGAUGGGAAUACUCUAGAACCCACGCGGGAUUUAGAACGUCGCGAGUCUGACUUGCAACAUGAUGAUGAGAGAGAUGAGCUGAGGGAAAUGAUAUUUGGAGAGAGUCUGAAGAUGAAAACGCACACGAGAAGACGGCGUGCAUUAUCCGAGAGCAAAAGUGCUGUGGACGAGAAGAAAUCCCGGGGUGAGGAUGAGCAGUCUAAAGAUCACAAGCAACCUGAGGAAGACGUGUUGCCGAUGUCGCUGCAGAGGGUUCGUAGUCGAAGGUUGAGUCUUGCCAGGAGCAGAAGUAAUAAUCUUGAAGGGACGAGGAGGGGCACUUAA